AUGGAGAUCAAAUCGGAGACUUCCUCGCCGCCAGAGAAAAUACAUCUCCGACCGAUGACUCUCUCCGACAUCGACGAUUUCAUGGUGUGGGCAACUGACUCCAACGUCACACGCUUUUGCACGUGGGAGCCUUACACGAGCCGAGAAGCCGGAAUAGCUUUCAUAAACGACGUUGUUUUGCCACACCCUUGGCUCCGAGCCAUCUGCUUAGACGACGACCGUCCGAUCGGCUCGAUCUCCGUCACGCCCGUCGACAAGAUCAGAGGAGAGAUUGGUUAUGUCAUCGGAAGCAAGUAUUGGGGUAAAGGGAUCGCCACGGAUGCGGUGAGGCUUGUGGCGACGGAGAUAUUCAAGGAGAUGCCGGAGAUGGAGAGGCUUGAGGCACUUGUCGACGUAGACAACGUCGGAUCUCAAAAGGUUCUUGAAAAAGUUGGGUUUACUAGAGAAGGAGUGAUGAGGAAGUUUAUGAAUCUUAAAGGAAAUGUUAGAGAUAUGGUCAUGUUUAGUUUCUUGCCUUCUGAUUCUUUGCACUGA